AAACAAACCGUAACCCCACUCCCAAUACCAUUCUUAAUUCCUAAUUAUAUAUUAAAACCCUAUGUUUUUCUCUCCCUCUCAUCUUUUUCCUUUUUCUCUGGUUCAACUUCUUUUCUCGGCAUCAGCGAUUCUUCUCUUCUCCUCUACAUCCUUUUCUUCUUUAGUUAAGAACCACACAAUACCACCAUAAAGUUACAUGCUAGUGAAGAUAAAAUCUAUCAUUCAAGUGAGAGUCUCUUGCGUUCUCUUUUGGGAGCCACGGUUGGUGCUUUGAUGAAGGAGAAUGGUACCAAGCCCUUCAUGAUUCCUCUUUUAAAUUAAUUGAGAUCUGUCGGUUAGUGGUCCGUUUGGUUGUCGCGCAGUUGUGGAGAGCAAUCAUGUUGGUUCUUCGUAACAGAAACUGAGUACCAGUAUGUUAUCAGAUUCAGAUCGUUCUGCUUAUAUUGUUUAUAGGCCUCAUUUGGAAGGUUGUCAUAUUUGUGUCUGUUGUUGAUCUGUCAUUCUGCAGCUAUAGGGGAGUCUUUGGGGGAAUUCAGUUUGAAUUGUUAUUUAUUGUUCUAAUUUAAGGAUUUGCACUUUAGUGCUGGAUUUGAAAUUUAUGUAUUCUUGAAAUUCUAGUUACGAAUGGAGAUGGUGAUAUUACAUAAAAGAUUCUUAUGGAUUUAUUUUUUUAUAAAUUAUACUAAACAUGUACAAUUUUGGAAAAUUAUUUUGGGAAGUGAGUUUUGUUAAAUAGGCUUGCCAGGCUAAGGUGGUAGUCUGUGCGCCGGUCACGGCUUGGGAUUUUGGGUCGUGACAAAGUUGGUAUCAGAGCUUUGGCUGUAGGUCCUAUUAGCUGCAGACAUGAGGUGAUAAUGGAAUCUUGUUAGUAAAUUGUGAACCGCGGCACAACUUACUUCCAAGAUGCUAUUAACUCCUCAUGAGUGUUCUAAAGUUGUUUUCCAAGUGUGAUUUGAGUUCGUUCCUCAUUCACUGAAUUCCGAGUCAUGUGUUAUGUUUGAUGAAUAUUCUUUGUUCAGUGAGGAUGCCACCUAAAUUAGGAUUUUCGUUAAAAGAUGAGUUAACUUACUAGGACCCUCUUUAGGGAGGUUGUGGUCGGUGUUGUGGUUUAGGCCAAGGACCAUUGCCUGUAUUCGCUAGUUGUUUGUUGUUGUAGUCAAUAUUAACGUGCUUAUAUUGAGGUUAUGAAAUUCAGGGAUGUUACAGCUUACAGUUGGUACGAAGGAAAUAUAACAUGAUUUGAAAUAAGUGUUGGAGUGGUUGUUGGACAGCAACAAGGGAACUCACAUAAGAAAAUUUAUGAGAGUCAGUUAGAAGUUAGACAGAGGAAAGUAACAAGUAGGUGCCACUAGACAGAUUGAGGUCACAGUGAUUGGUUUUGUGUAGCUAAUUAAUUCUCCUACUUUACAAAUGCAAGUAAAAGGAUCCACAAGGGAAUAUUUGUGCUUUAGAGAGAUUGUGGACAGAACUUUGAUGCGCAUACAUUAAUGCGGUAGAGUUAAUAUAGUUCUAUCUUAUGAUUAUGGUAUAUGAUUAGAUUGAUGACUUUAUGAGUAUGAGAGCACUGAGAUCACCUCUGGUAGCAUAAGAUGAAUUUUCCUAGAAAUUCAAGAAUCGUUUCGUAAUAGAGAGAGCUAGAGAGCUUAGAAAUUGAUUUGAGGUGCUAGAGCAGACUGAGGACAAUGACUCUAGAGAGUGGUUCUAGUGGAUACUUAUCAGGAUUUGUACAAAUUUUUAGAGUAGAUUUUAGGGGUCUUUACAAUCCAUUUUUAUUCUUAGAAGUAUUUUGCGCAAGAUCUACACCUUGUCCUACUUGUGUGAAGUUUCAUUCCGUAGCUUGCUUUGGAGAUGAUUAGGUGUUCUGUUAGUGCGAUUGGACAUGUCAUAUUACGAGGAAUUUACUUGUGGUUGUGGUGCAACCUUUCUCUAGUAAUGCAUAAGUGUUAUUAAGAGUAGCUUUAGCAUCUUACCUGCUCCUACAACACUUGUUAGACAUGUUAUGAGUUCUUUUGGCCGAGGACGUGUAGUACCAAAAAUUAUGGUAAAUUAAAUGGUAGUUGAGGUUGAUGAUAUGUUAGGAGAGUGGAGCUCGAGUCUUUGUUUUGACUCAUCAAGAUGCUUAUGCAGCCAAUACAGUGGUAGUAAGUAUACUUUUUAUAUGAUCUUGAGAUGAUUAUGUUUUGCUUAAUGCUAAAGAUAUAUACUAUUUAUAUCAUUGUCGUCAACUUGGUGAGUUAUCUUCUUUCUUGAAUAAGACAUUGGUCCUUGCUGCACCUCUUGGGGAGAAUUUGAUAAUUGAGUUUGUGCGCCAUUCUUUUUAAGGUAUUGGAGAUUGAGAGUUGUUGAUAGCCAUUAUAGCUUAAGACAUGAUUGAUUUUAAUGUGAUCCUUGGAUAUAGAUGGGUUAAUCUUUUGUCAACGAUACUUUGGACUUAGUGGUGUCACUGUUGUUUUUAUGGAUUUAAUGAGCCGCAUUCAUUCUUGGAUUAUUUAGUUAUUGUACUCAUUGAUUAUUCUUGUAUAUUCCUAAGGAUAAGGACUAACACCGGAAGCUUGUUGAUAAUAGAUUUUGGUUUGAGCUUGCCAUUCCAACUCAUUGUUGAUUUAGGUGCAAAUUGGUUACAAUUUGAUGGAUGAUUUGGUUGGUGAUGUUAAAUACGAUCAGGUUCAAGAUUAGUAGGUGGUAAAGAUGGUAGAUGAUGUUUAAAGUGAAAAGAUUCCAUAGUUUUCAUUAGACUUUGUUGACGUAUAGUGGCUGGAGUGAUAAAUAUGUGUGUCUAAUGUAGAUAGUUUGUGGAGAAAAAUAUUAGAGGAUGCUUAUCAUUAUUUUUAGAUCAUACAUCCAGGUUCUAAUAAAAUGCAUUGAGAUAUGAAGAAAUUUUAUUUAUAGAAAAUGAUGAAGGAGGACAAAAAAAAAAUUUGUUUUUGAAGGUUUAGCAUGUCGACAGGUGAUGGAUGAGCUUAAAAGCAAGUAAUGUUGCUUCAAUCUAUUGAGAUACCAUAGGGAAAGUGAGAAAGUGUUGUUAUGAACUUGGUGAGAGGUUUGCUUAGGAAUUUAAUGCGUUAUGAUUUUAUAUCGGUGAUUAUGGAUCAAUUGACUGAGUAUGUACACUUUUUCCUAUAAAGAACGUUGUAUACUAAGAUCUACCUUGGCUGAGAUUGUUUGUUUGCACGGUGUAAACUUGUCUACAGAUCAAGGAGCUUAAUUGAAUUCAUUGUUUUAGAAGACUUUCAAAGUUGUUGUUGAGCCUCAUUUAAGUUUGAGUACAACUUUCUAUCCUUAAAUUGAUGGUUAAUUUAAAAGGAGUAUUCAGAUCUCGGAGGAUAUGUUAUAUGCUUGUGUUUGUAGACUUUAGAAUGAUUUGAGAGUAGAAUUUUUCUAUAAUGAAGUUCGCUUAUAAUAGCAACUACCCGUCUAGCAUUAAGAUUGUACAAUUUGAGACCAUGUAUGGUGGGCGAUGCAGAUAACCAAUAGGUUUGUUUGAUGUCGAAGGAGCUAAGUUGGUAUACUCUCAUAACUUAUACAAGGUACAAUAUAGAAAGGUUAAGAUGGUUCCAAUCAUUUGCUUGCAAUUUAGAGUAUGCAAAAGUCUUAAGGUGAUAGGAGGCGAUGCUCUUUAGAGAAUGUAGGUGGUGAUCAUGUGCACUUGCACGUCUCUCUAAUGAAAGAAGUGUUGCGGUUUGGUAAAAAAAAGGAAAACUGAGUCUAAGAUCAUUGGACCGUUUAAAAUCUUGGAGAUGGUUUGUCUUAUAGCUUAUUGAUUGACACACUCCCUUUAUCUUUUGGCAGCUCACAUAGUUCUUCAUGUCACUUUGCUUUGGAGAAACCUAUACGAUCAAUCUCAAAAUAUUUGUCACGAGGGCGUGCAAUUGGGUGAACAUUGGUCUCAUAUGGAACAUCCAAUAGUCAUGGUUGAUAUGAAAGUGAGGUGUAUGCGUCCUAAGAAUAUUGAUGAUGUGAAAGUUAUUUGGCGAGGGCUAUCUGGUUAAGAGAAGUCUUGGGAAUACGUGACAAGUAUCUCCCGCUAUUGGAAAUUCAAGGUUAGCUAAACUUUAAAAAAUUCGAGGACGAAUUUUUCUAAGGAGGAAAGAUUGAAACAUCCCGUUUAAAAUAAAAAAAAUAUAUAAAAGGAACCUGUUAAUAAAAAAAAAACAAAUAAAUAGAUAUAUGUAUAUAUAACAAACCAAACAAAAAACAAACUGUAACCCCACUCCCAAUACCAUUCUUAAUUCCUAAUUAUAUAUUAAAACCCUAUGUUUUUCUCUCCCUCUCAUCUUUUUCCUUUUUCUCUGGUUCAACUUCUUUUCUCGGCAUCAGCGAUUCUUCUCUUCUCCUCUACAUCCUUUUCUUCUUUAGUUAAGAACCACACAAUACCACCAUAAAGUUACAUGCUAGUGAAGAUAAAAUCUAUCAUUCAAGUGAGAGUCUCUUGCGUUCUCUUUUGGGAGCCACGGUUGGUGCUUUGAUGAAGGAGAAUGGUACCAAGCCCUUCAUGAUUCCUCUUUUAAAUUAAUUGAGGAAACUGAGUACCAGUAUGUUAUCAGAUUCAGAUCGUUCUGCUUAUAUUGUUUAUAGGCCUCAUUUGGAAGGUUGUCAUAUUUGUGUCUGUUGUUGAUCUGUCAUUCUGCAGCUAUAGGGGAGUCUUUGGGGGAAUUCAGUUUGAAUUGUUAUUUAUUGUUCUAAUUUAAGGAUUUGCACUUUAGUGCUGGAUUUGAAAUUUAUGUAUUCUUGAAAUUCUAGUUACGAAUGGAGAUGGUGAUAUUACAUAAAAGAUUCUUAUGGAUUUAUUUUUUUAUAAAUUAUACUAAACAUGUACAAUUUUGGAAAAUUAUUUUGGGAAGUGAGUUUUGUUAAAUAGGCUUGCCAGGCUAAGGUGGUAGUCUGUGCGCCGGUCACGGCUUGGGAUUUUGGGUCGUGACAGAGAGUGGACGCAUAAGAGAAUAGUAUAAGGGUUUAAAUGUUUAUAUAUUUAGCACAUACAAAGACCACAUGAAAGUAAUUAACACCGAACUUCACCCACAAUAUAGCACUUAAUCCAUAUGAGAGAGGCAAAAUGAAGAGUAAACCUGUAAUAGGGAAGAGCAAUAUAUGGAAGAAGAAGAAUUCAGGGGAAAUCAGUUGUCAAAAGGAGUAUGUGGAACAUGAAGAACUCGAUGAACUCGUCGGAGGUUCAAUACAAUUUGUUUGGAGGCAUUCAGAACAUUGGUUCGCUGAUACAGCAAACUCAACAGCAAAGAGGUGGUUCCCAAUGUUACUUUUGUUAAGGAGACAAGAUACUGGCUGGGGAGAACAUUGAGUUGAGAUCCUUGGAAGUUUCAAUGGUUAAAGCUAGGCCAUGCUCACCUAGACUUGGAUACUCAGAGACAAUAACCAGAGCAAAUGAGGAAGAAAAGGAGAAAACUUUACAAUUGCUAGAAGUGUUCUUGAAUAUUUUGUUUGGAUAUUUGGUAAACUGGAAUUCAAAAUUCAAGGUAAUUAUAAUAAGUAAGAAGUCAAUGCUUCUCUCAUCAUGUAAAAGUUCUUGCUCUCCCUUCUCUGGCUCCUCUACUUCACGCUCUCACACUCAAGUUUGUCAUUUUUGUCUACGAAAAACAUCUUCCCCUCGAUCUCUGUGUCCAAUAUCUGUUUGUUUUCUUGUCUUAUUUUAUCAGGUAAUUCUUCUUGCUCUAUGUGCUCCAAUGCCUUCCUCUAAUGCGUCUGUGUUUACUUUCUCUACCAUUCUCAUUCACAUGUUUUAGUUCAUGCACAAUUUCAGGAUCCUGUUCUUCUUUUCAUGAUACCAAAAUCUCAAGAGAGAGCAAGAGAGAGCGAGAGGGAUGAUGGUUGAGGAUGAAGAAGAUUGUGACAUGUCAACUAUUAUUUAUAAAAAAAAAACUAAUGCUAAAGUGGAAUCCACAUGGACGUCCACUUCAUUAAAUGAAACCCAUGUAUGUGAAUACAAUAAUGAUUCAUAGACAUAGGAAUAGUAAAAACACCCCAAACACCGUUCACAUGUGGCCAAGUGUGCUGAGUCAGCUUCUGAGGGGAGGGGCCCGGAAAUGAAUUGCAAUAUUUGAGGGACUGAAUGUAUAAUUUGGAGAAAGGUUAGAAUUUUGGGGAUUUUGAGCGGGACAUGUAAGUGAAAAUCCCUAAAUUAGGGAUUUCAAUUUUCACCGUUCUCCUCUCUCUCGCGAUCUCUGUUCGCCAGUUCCUCUUCUCCGCCCGCCACUCGCCGGCACCCCUCCACCGCUCGCGCCCCUCCACCACUCGCUGCCCCUCCACCCCUCGCGCGAAGGCUCACUUCUUCGCUUGGGUUAUGCUUCCUCCUCCUCCUCUGGCUUCCUUUUCUUCUCUCUCGCGAAUCCCUCCCUACGCCUCGCUCACACCGACUUCCUCUCCUCCGCCACUGGUUCUGACGGUCACUCAACCAGCCCCUUUUUGAAUCUCUCUCGAUUCGUCUGUAAAGGGAAACAUGGAAAGACUAUUCUUGAUCAAACAGCUGCAAGCACUGUCUCACUCAUUUUGCUCUUGCUGAUGAUAUCAUUUCCAAGUAUUAGAAUCUCGGCUGAGAGGGGUGAAACUGAAACCAAUUUCUAAGCUCCCAACCAUGGAGGAAAGUGGGGGACAGUUACGUGUUAGACACAAUUGUCAACCAAAUUUUCUUCUUGAGGUCAAUAAGAAUCUCACUGAUCUUCAAAAAGCUCAAAUAAAUGCUACCCCGUUCAAAUGGUUAAUGAAUAUUCCGGAAAAAAUACCAAUCAAUGGGAAUUUACUGUAUGAAUUAGUUACUCGGUGGGUAGGGCGUCGUUUGGGUUUUACAAUACGAAGUGCAGUAGUUCCUUUUACCCCUUUAGAUGUUUGCUUUGCAACUGGGUUGCGCAUUGUAGAGGAAAGCGUGAUUUUUGAUCAAGAUGAAGAAUGUCAUACUACAAGUUUGUUCAAUGGGAAAAAAAUUACGAUCCCGAUAAUAGUUGAACAACUAAAAAAGAAUAAUUGUGCUGAAGAUGUUGAAGACUUUUGUCGAUGGUACAUACUUCUUGGCUUAGCAGAAUUUUAUUGCCCUAAUACCAACUCCACUGUGCAUAGUGGUUUGUUGAGGACUUUAGACGACCUAAGUUCACUUGAUAAAUAUAGUUGGGGUGUUUUUGUAUAUGAUGUUUUGGUUGGUGGAUUGAUUCGAGCAGUCAAACACUUUCGUGAAGCAAAAAAUUCACACAAAGUGUCUCUAAUAGGUUGUGCAGCAGUUUUACAGAUUUGGGCUUUGGAGCAUAUGUCAUUGCACCAUAGUGUCAAAUUUAGCUAUGGAACUACAUUUCCUCGGUUUUUACAUUGGCCUCAUCUUACCUUAGGGAGGAAGAAACUCUCCACAAUGUUUGAAAACACUUCGAUAUGUCAACAAAUAGCUGCAUCAAAUGAAGAUCUUGAACAUGAAAUUGUGAAGGAAGCCAUGCAAAUGGCACCUCGUGGUUUUCUCCAGUGGCAUCAGCCCGUUUGCCAAUCAAGAUAUGCCGCACAUGAUAUUGAUGUUUUAGAUGCAAAGGUUAAGGAUCUACAAGAGAAGAUAUUCAUCCUUGAGGAAGAAUUGAGAAUGAUAGAUCUGAAUCUACCAACAUCACCUCAGUUUAUUGAUCCAACCACUAGUACUCGUUCUUUGGGCGAAGAAACCAUAUUGUUUGAAAAUAUGAACGGUGGAUCCCCAUCUGUCCCAUCUGUGCUUGGCGUUUCCAUAUUUGAUGCAGGUGAAGGUCAUAAUAUACCCCAUGAUACCGAUCCACCUGAGCAACAACGAUCAAAUAUGUACACAAGGCAGAAAGACCAACCUAGGAAACGUGUGGGCAGCUUGGUCUGCCGAACGCCUUGGACAACAUAUCAAAGGAAAAAGAAGAAGAUUCAAUAGAUUUGACCUUUAGGAUGUUUUUGAAGGUAUUAUUUCAAUAUGUAGUGCUUUUAUAGUUAUGGGUAGUCAUGUGUAGUAAUUGGGUAAUUCAACCCGAAGCAUAAACACCUUAAACUUUGAUGACAGUCAUGUGAAACUUUGUGGUUUAAUCAAUGUAGUAAUUGGCCAAUCGAAUAGGAAAAUGUUACUUUCAAUAUUUUGAAGUAUAAUGAAAUGUACUUGUAAUGAA